AUGCAAGAACCAAUUACUACUCUAUUAUCUUCGCAAUCUAUAGAAGCAGAGAGAAUAGUUCAAGAUGAUGAACCAAAUGAUGAUGACAUCAUGGUUUCUUGUGCUGACUUUCAUUUUGAUCUAGAUGAAGAUAACGUUCCUGAUAACACGAUCAUAUCAGAUGUUAAAGUAUCAGGAGAAACCUCUUUGAAGGAGCAUCAUGAACUUUUCGUUGAGCAAGUGAAGACUAUGAAGGAGUUUGUUGAUCUCAAGAUGGCAGCACUUAAAUCGGAGAUGGACAUAGAGGCUGAAAAGAUAGAGAAAAUUUAUUCUAUUAUACAUGGAAAGGUUGAUGUUAUUGUAAAGCAUGUUGAAUACAAUACCAGUUAUUUGACUAGGCUUCAUGCGAAGACGGAAAAGAAUUCCCAAGUAUCUGAAAAGUUGGAGGAAUUCUUAAGUAGUAUCAAGGAAUCCAUUUCGAAAGCUUCUCUUUCGAAUCAGUCUUCUGUGUCUCAAGAAUCAUUUUCUCAGUUGAUUUCAUCUAUCGAGACACAUCUCAAAGUGAAACUUGCUCCCAUCCUUGAGUUGGUUCAUGUUUUACCAACUAAUGUUCCACCUGCGAAGCAAGUGUCACAAGGGGGAGAGAAAGGAUGUAUAGGCAUUGGAUCUUCAGAAGAUACAGAUAAAGGAGUAGUUGUUGGGAAGUUGUUGUCCGCUCAAAUACCCACUUCACUUCCAAUUUCAUUUAUAACAACCUCAACUACAACCACAACAAUACAUAUUAUGAAAGGGAUUCUUAUAGGAGAAAGUAUUGGAGGUUAUUGUUCGAGAUCUAUGCCACCGCCUUCGAAAGACAAUUAG